AUGCCGAGCUGGGCACCACUAACAGCUGAGCAACUGGCCGAGCAGCGACGUGGCUUAAGUGAAGCACAAUUACAGGACCGCAAAAUCGUCAAUGUCAACGCCGAAACUGUAACCGAUGUCUCUGCUACCGAUAUCCCAGGCCAUUGGGGCCAAGGCCAAGACGACAGCUGGGACCUCGAACGAUUUCGACAAGUCCUGGACAUCAAGUUCUACCAAAACAAGCCCCACGAUGCUGCCUUCUCCCUCAUAGGCGUGGACGCCUCAAUCGCCAAUGCCUUCCGCCGCAUCCUCAUAGCCGAGAUUCCCACUUUGGCAAUCGAAGACAUCUUCGUCUUCGACAACACCUCCAUCAUCCAAGACGAAGUGCUCGCGCACCGAUUGGGCCUCAUACCCUUGACCGGCGGCAAAGAAGGUCUAGAUCGAAUGUCCUGGUUCAAGAAACCGCCACCCAAAGACGACUAUGCCGCGCAAGCCUUGUACGACCAAGACGAUCUUGCGCCUUCGGCCAGCGCCCCGAACGAUCAUAAUACGGUCGUCAUGUCGCUGAAAGUGGAAUGUCGCUGGGCUACCACGAAUGAAGAUGGUCGGGACGGCAAAGCGUUAGCUCUAGACGGCGAAACGGAUCCAAGUGUCAGGUACGUGAACAGUAACGUCUACGCACAUCAACUCGUCUUCGAACCUCAAGGCGAUCAGACGGACUGGUUCGCAGGCGACGACGCCAUCAGGCCCAUGAACCCGGACAUCCUCAUUGCGAAACUCCGACCCGGUCAGCGAAUCAAUCUCCGCUGCCACUGCAUCAAAGGCAUCGGUGGCGAUCACGCGAAAUUCUCCCCCGUGGCCACAGCCUCCUAUCGCCUCCUCCCACACAUCAACAUCAUCUCCCCCAUCUUAGGCAACGAAGCCAAGAAAUUUCAGCGCUGCUUCCCACGCGGCGUCAUCGAUCUCGUUCCCGAUGAGGAAAGCGGGGAGAACAAGGCUAUUGUGGCGGAUCCGAUGAAGGAUACGGUCAGUAGGGAGUGUUUGCGGCACGAGGAGUUCAAGGGGAAGGUCAAGUUGGGGAGGAUUAGGGAUCAUUUCAUUUGGGGCGUGGAGAGUACGGGGCAAUUUGAGAGCGAUGAGUUGUUUUUGGAUAGUGUGAGGUUGCUCAAGGCGAAGGCGGAGAAGUUUAAGCGGCAUCUGACUAAGGUGGAGGAGGGGGGUUAG